AAUGUGUGCUACUGACAUGAAAAAAUUAGUAAAGAAUCAAAGAGCAAAAACACCAAAAGAAUAAUUGUAGUAGUAAAGUUAUUUGACUUAUUUACAUAACUGCUAUUGUUAAUAAAUAUAUAAAUUUGUUUAUUUUCAUAAUAACAUAAAAUACGACAAAAUAUUUUUGUAAAACAUUUAACGAAAAUCAUUCUAUACAGAAGUGCAUCAAAAAGAAAAUAUUUGUAACAAAUCUAAUCUGCAAAAUCACAAACGUUGAAAAAAAGAAAGUUGAUUAACAAAAAAGGCUGUCACAAUUUAAGAGCAAAAACAACAAAAAAGAGACAAUUCACACAUAAAAAAGAGAGCGAACAGACAGUAAAAAACAAAUUGAAAACAAAGCAAGUGGAAGAAAUUAAUGAAAUAGAAAAAAGAAGUGGUAAAACAAGAUCUGUCUUUCGACACAGAUUAGAAAAAAAGAAUUCCAAAUUUGAUUCUAAUUUAUAUGCAAAGAGCAUACAAAAAACGAACAGUUAAAUAAUUAAAUAAAAUUGAGCCAAGUGUGGAAAUGAUUUGUUAAUUUGUCGCCAAGACAAAUAAGAAAAUUUCCAAAGGGAAAAACCUAAAUAAAGGGCCACAGCAGACAAAAGAUUGGCUGACUGACUGGCUGGCAACGAAUUGUAAACGUAGCGUAAAGAAAUCGUAUUGAGAAAAAAAAAAUAUAAAAUAAUACAAAUUUUUUAUGUGUGUAUGUAUGUGGCUGGUGUGAAUGCAGCAAGUUGCGAAACAACAGCUAACGAAGAAGUGGCACAAGAAACAAAUAUACUAUAGAUAUAUAGAGAGUCAAACUGUUCCCGUUUAAGUCCCAAUUGUUGACUGGCUAGCUGGCUGACAAUACAUAUCACUUGGUAUAUUUAUUGGUAGUGAUUGUUGUGAUUGACUAGACGAGUAAAAAAGGGGGUCCCACGAUCAUUUUACACACACCUAGCCCAGCUCAGUUCAUUCUCUUCUGUUUUACUAACAACUCACAUACCGUUCCAUCGAGUGUGGUAUUUGUGUAUGCAUAGAGUUAGAGCUGCUGCCGCUUUUGUUGCUGCUGCUGAUGUUUACGGAAGUAGACGUUGUGGAUCAUUGUUGUCGUUUCAAUUAAGGGAGAAGUGUCUUGUUGUUUUUUAUUUUGUAUCUGCAAAACUCGAAAAAGGCGGAAGAGGAAGCCAUAGCUUAGUGUCGAUACCAACGGCAGCAGUUGCAACGAGUGCAGGGGCAGUUUGACACAGUGCCACCGCUUCCAUCAGCUGCCCGACGUCACUACCAGCACCACCACUAUGUCGUGGACAGAGCAAAAGGUAGACCCGGAGCUAAUCUUCACCAAGCAGGAACGUAUUGGUAAAGGAUCUUUUGGUGAAGUAUUCAAAGGCAUUGAUAAUCGUACACAACAGGUGGUAGCCAUAAAAAUAAUUGACUUGGAAGAAGCUGAAGAUGAAAUCGAAGAUAUUCAACAGGAGAUUAUGGUGUUGUCGCAGUGCGAUUCGCCCUUUGUCACCAAAUACUAUGGCUCCUUUCUCAAGGGUACAAAACUCUGGAUUAUUAUGGAAUAUUUGGGCGGUGGCUCGGCUCUGGAUCUAAUGAAAGCUGGUUCUUUCGAAGAAAUGCAUAUAGCGAUUAUAUUGCGCGAAGUUCUCAAGGGUCUAGACUAUUUGCAUUCGGAAAGGAAACUACAUCGUGAUAUUAAGGCGGCCAAUGUUUUGCUAAGUGAAAUGGGUGAUGUUAAAUUGGCUGAUUUUGGUGUGGCCGGGCAAUUGACAAACACCACCUCGAAACGUAAUACAUUUGUGGGUACACCAUUCUGGAUGGCGCCCGAAGUUAUAAAACAGUCCAUGUAUGAUUCCAAGGCCGAUAUAUGGUCGCUGGGUAUAACGGCCAUUGAAUUGGCCAAAGGUGAGCCGCCCAACUCUGAGUUACAUCCCAUGCGUGUCUUAUUUCUCAUACCCAAAAAUAAUCCGCCACAAUUGACGGGAAAUUACACGAAAUCCUUUAAAGAUUUUGUUGAAGCGUGCCUUAACAAGGAUCCCGAGAAUCGUCCCACAGCGAAAGAAUUACUCAAGUAUCCUUUUAUCAAAAAAGCCAAGAAAAAUUCGUACCUUAUUGAUUUGAUUGAUCGCUACAAAAAAUGGAAACUACAAAAAGGCGAUGAAAGCGAAACCGAAUCCGAAAAUUCUGAUUCUGAUGAUUCCAAGCCGGGCUGCAAUACCGAUGAACCCUGGAUAAUGACCGUCAAAGGUUUACAUGUAAAUAGUGAUGCACAUAAAAUGAGUUCCAAUCACUUCAAUAGGCUCGAAGAGCAAGAACUAAAAAUGGAUAAACUAACCCAAGGUGUGGCUGAGACUUUAACGCCCUCUAGCCUACUAUUAAGCAGUAGCGGCAACAAUAGCAAACAUCAGCAAAGCAGCAGUGCUUCGAAUAUAAGCAGCUCCUUGUUAAACCCACAGAAACGUGACAACAAUAGCCUUACGCCCAAUUCCGCAACCACACCCACAUCAUCAUCAUCGUCGUCAUUAUCAUCAUCAUCAUCAUCAUCUGCUAAUGCAAACUCUUCCUCCACACCGAUGGUGCCAUCAUCUUCCGUCACAACUGUAACGUCCUCAAAUAUGGCUAAUGCCUCAGCUAACACUCGGGAAUCUAAUCACCAUCAUCAUCAUCAACAGCAGCAGCAACAGUUAAUGCAACAACAACAGCAACAUCAACAACAACAUUCUUCACAUCAAUUAUCCUCCUCCUCCUCCCAACAGCAUCAUCAUCAGCAGCAGCAGCAAAAACAUGCGCAUGCCUCUUCGACUGGUAAUUUAGAGAGCUCUGCUAAACUAAGCGGUAUUGGCGCUAUGCAGCAGCAGUCCAGUUCGUCUAGUUCAAACUACAAAGAACAACAACAGAAGGUCAAUCUAAGGCCCACACGUACCGCAUCCAUGGAUGCCGAAAUCGAGAGACGUUCAUCGUUGCAAUUAUUGGAUCAUAGUAAACGUGGUGACGACGAAGAUGACAGAUCUCUGCGGCGCAGUACUAUGGCAGCUUCACACUCUUCAGUUGCUGUGUCCUCAUCUGGUGGUGGUGGUGGCAGCGGCAGCCAUAUGCUCGCAACCAGCAGCAGUAUGGGCAAUGUUUACAAUGGAAAUACACACGCCAACAGAGACUUUAUAAAUCACGAGUCCCUAACAACAGCUGCUCACUCACCCACUACGUCCAAUGCCAAUCAUAAGAAUAUGGGCAACAGUGGUAGCGGCAGCAGCGGUUUGGGCAAUCGUAUUAUAACCACCAACAGUCCCUGUCUAAAUAAUUUUCUAUUCCCCAUACUCUCUGAUAUACAACGUAAAUAUAGCAGUAAUUCCAGUAAAAAUAUGAAUGUUUUGGACAUAGCCGAUUUGAAAUCGGUAUUUGAAUUGGCCGAACGCAGUCGUCCUGGUGUAAGUGAUCUGUUUCUCAAAGAAAUUAUACACAAACUAGUACCAGGUUAUUCGGAAACACGUAUUAAUAAUAUUAUGGAUAGAGCAAUUAGAAACAAAAAGUAAAUUCUAGGCCUCAACGUCUCAAGUCUCUGGGUUUGUUGUGGAUUUUAUGUUAUUCCUUCUUUACGUUUUUUUAUAAAUAUAUAUAAAUAAUAUUAUUUUUUCCUGUUAGUUUUUCACCCAUGUUAUGUUAAAUUAUAUAAAAAAAAGAAAAAUCUUUCCUACCACUUCCGCAAUUUCCGUAUUGUAAAAAAUAUUAAAACAAAAUUUAUGGCAAACAAAAAAAUAAAAAAGUAAUAAUGUGCAAAUUGCUGCUACAAAACAGCAAAUAAAAAACAAGAAAAUCAUUCACUUAAACUAACUCCUCAUAUUUCAAUUAUUUUCCAAUAAAACAAAUAAAUUCAAACAAACAACCAACCAUCCAAUCAAUUGUCCUUAUAAAUCCAAAUCCUGCUAAUUAUUAAAAACAAAAAAAGAAAAACUUUUAAAAUAUUUAUUACUACCCAUAGUAGAUACCGUAAUACAAAUAACAAACAAACAAAAAGUAAAUCAUAUUACAAUAAAAUAAACAAUAAAUUAUUACUAAUUAAAUAUGUACAUCAAACAAAUUUGAUCAUUCUUUUAGCAGAUGAUCACUUUUUCUUUGGACAUGAUUUGUAAUGUAGCUAAAUAUUGAAUGAAAUAAUAAAAUAGUACAGAAAUCAAACUAUCUAUCUAUAAAACAAAAACACACACACAUACACAAUGUUAUUAGACUUAAACAAGAAAAUUAAUAUAUAUAAUAAAAAAAAAAAAUCAUGAAAACAAUAAAAAAAAAUAAAUAAAUAUAUACAUACAUAUAUAAA